CAUCACUCGCCAGCGACCUUCUAACCACAAACCCUCACGAGACAUAUCACAGCCAGACAUACACUACACAUCCAUGAUUUCCAAUCUUGUGACCAAGAUGAGAGAAAACAGACAGAGAAGCGGUGCGCUGUACGACACUGGCGGCAACGUGGUGACGUACAAAGACGGCUCUACGCGCAUGGUGGAUCCCGCGGUGGCAAAGUUGAAGGCCGCGAGAAAGGCCGCGGAGGAGGCAAAACAGAAUCUGCUCAAAGAAAUACGAAAAUCCAAGCUAGAUAGCAAGCCGCGGCUGGCGCCCGCGAAGAAGGCACCGGUGUCCAAAACACGCGACACGUCGAGCCAAGCCCGUCGCGCGAAACUGGUGCCGUUGCCGAUGGCCAAACCGAAAGUCCCGGAGAAGAAGUUGAACUUUGCGGAGUUGAUGAAACAGGCCAAGAAGAUUGAUGGAACAAAGCUAGCGUUUAGUCCGGUGAUUAAGCCUAAGACGCUCACCCCGCCCCCCGCCAGGCGAGUCACCUCCAGAACGAACGGACGGACUAAUAUACGGGCUUCAGAAACGGCUCUGAGGUAUAGGCAAAACUCACGAUCACAAACACUGGUUCCCAGACUUCAAAAGCCGGUCCAGAGACCGAUGGCCCCUCCACAGCCGUUGCUCCCAGCAUAUGCCGGGGUCAACUCAAUCCGCAAGCCUACCCCCAAAGAGAGCAGGAGAGAAGAGUCGGAUGAGUACGACUCGGAAGACGACUUCAUCGUACUGGACGAGGAUGAAGGAUACGCGCACCUGCGAGAUACAGGCUACGAUAGGGAUGAGAUCUGGCAGAUCUUCAAUAAGGGAAAGAAAAGAGAGUACUAUGACGAUGAUAGUGGCGAUGAUAUGGAGGCGACAGGUGCUGAGGUGUUGAUGGAGGAGUCUAGAUCGACCAGACAGGCCCAGGAGGAGGAUAGACGGGAGCAGGAUCGGGAGAGGCGGUUGCAAGAUGAAAAGGCGCGGAGAAAGAGAAUGGCAAAAUAAAGAUAUAUUCGCGGUAUUUAUUAGCAUUCUGUUCUGCUUACUCUGACUUUCAUUCUGAUUGUAUGGAUUAGCACCCGUUUUUUUCGGUAUUAUGAUCUGUAACGUUCUUAGAUCCGGACUGG